AUAAAGCAUCUGUCUUCACCGUAUAGCCCUGAAUAAAAUCGUGUGUUCGAGUAUAGUUAAGUUGGGGCGAUGAGUUUACCCCAGUUGACAGGGGCGUGGCGUGCGCGCUGACUGGCCGAUGACUUUCUGAACACAGCACUCUUGCAUGACCACUCAAAGUGACAGUAGCGAUGGCUGGGAACGGGAGACAGCUGCGCUUGGUGAGACCCCGUCUCCACACUCGAUUUGCCAUGAAAAACUAGGUGUUCUACGAGAGUUUGGCCGCGGGUCUAUGUUUGAAGAACUUUUGUGAAUGAAUAAGUUGGCCGGCCACUUUCAAAAGAGUUUGGUAAGCUGGCAGUGCUGCCAGGAUUUGGGAACGGGGGGAGCGGGGAGGGCUCCUGCUGCCUUUGGGAGGUCUGUAUGCUUCCAACGCACUCAAACUGUGGCACCAGUGGCCGCUGGAUAUUGAGUGGCCCUAUAGAUAAGUUUGCCUACAUGUCAAGGGUCAUAGACUUGGUAUAGAACCUUAGUCGAUGGAUUUGCCGCCCUCAAUACAACAUUAUUUUAACUGUACUUUCUCUCUAGGCUAGAAAUCGUGAAGCAUGGGUGACUGGAGCUUUCUUGGGCGGCUCUUGGAGAAUGCACAGGAACACUCGACCGUGAUCGGCAAAGUCUGGCUGACGGUACUCUUCAUUUUUAGGAUUCUAGUGUUGGGAGCGGCGGCCGAGGAGGUCUGGGGCGAUGAGCAGUCGGACUUCACCUGCAACACGCAGCAGCCCGGCUGCGAGAACGUCUGCUACGACGAGGCCUUCCCCAUCUCCCACAUCCGCUUCUGGGUUCUCCAAAUCAUCUUUGUGUCCACGCCGACGCUCAUCUACCUGGGCCACGUCCUGCACAUUGUUCGUAUGGAGGAGAAGCGGAAAGAGCGUGAGGAGGAGCUGCGAAAGGCCAGCCGGCUUCAGGAGGAGAAAGAACUCCUGUAUAGAAACGGAGGGGGAGGGGAGUCUGGUGGACGGGGUGGGGGCGGCGGCGGCAAAAAGGAGAAGCCGCCAAUCAGAGAUGAGCACGGGAAAAUCCGCAUUAGAGGUGCCUUGUUGCGCACCUAUGUGUUCAACAUCAUUUUCAAGACCCUGUUUGAAGUGGGGUUCAUUUUAGGUCAGUAUUUCCUCUAUGGUUUCCAGUUGCGGCCCCUGUAUAAGUGUGCGCGGUGGCCCUGCCCCAACACGGUGGACUGCUUCAUUUCCCGGCCCACGGAAAAGACCAUCUUCAUCAUAUUUAUGCUUGUGGUGGCUUGCGUGUCCCUUUUGCUGAAUUUGUUAGAAAUAUAUCACCUCGGAUGGAAGAAGGUCAAACAGGGCAUGACCAACGAGUUCGCGCCCGAGCGCGAGUCGCUGCCCGGUGCGAACGAAGCGGAGCCCGAGUCUCCCAGAACUUCGCCUCCUACCCUCAGGUACCCGCCAGACUACACGGAGGUGGCCGUGUGUGGCGGCGUGUUCCUCCAGCCCGUGUCGGCACCCUCCACGGCUGAGUUCAAGAUGGACCCUCUGCGCGAGGAGCUCAAGGAGUCCUCACCUUUUUACAUCAGCAACAACAACCACAGGCUGGCUGCCGAACAGAACUGGGCCAACCUGGCCACCGAGCAGCAGACUCGGGAGAUGAACGCCGCAUCCCCCUCCCCUUCCUCCUCCUCCUCGUCUCGCUCUUCCAAUAAUGGGCGGCAAGCCAAAGACGCCGCUCAGCUCGCUGACACCCCCACCUCCGCCGGCGGCGGUUCGAGCGCUGGGCCGGGGGAGGGGCACGUCACCACCACGGUGGAGAUGCACGAGCCGCCCGUCAUUUUCACUGACGCUCGACGACUGAGCAGGGCUAGUAAAGCCAGCAGCGCGAGAGCGAGGCCCAAUGAUCUGGCGGUGUAGUGGCUCUCCACCCCAAAGCGCAGGGUUUUGUGGACAAAAACACAGAGAAAUACACCAAAAAACAA